AUGACAGUUCUCACCACUACAAAAACCAACUUAGGUUUAACGAAUGUGAUUGAGGUUAGGUUGAAAACGUAUUCAAUUGUUUAUAGUAUCGUGUAUGGAGUGCAGCGUUUCACCCAUCGUAUUUUCACUGUCAACUAUUUUCAAUUGAAAUAAGUAGAAGCAUUUAGUAAAACGCGUUGUUUCAGUUGUAAAAUUUGGUUCAUUUCGAAAAAAAUGUUGUGACUGUGAUUUGGCGAACAGUUCGGUGUGAUUACGAGAAAAAUUCCACCAAAAACCGUGUGAGCAUAACCUCAUCGUGUUUGACAUCGGCGACGAGUGGCCAGUGUGAGCGGUGUUUUGGUUGUCGAUCGAACAAUCAUCGUCGGAAAUUUAAAUGCAAAUCGGUCGAACCGAAAAUCCGAAGCCACAAUGGAUCAAGAUCCGUCAAUGUUUUUUCCAAUGAAUAAUUUCGGCGCAUCGAAUUCAUUGAGCCCAUUCAAUAUAGAACUCUUGAUGACAUCAAUCGUCAACAAUGACAGCUUGGUGCGUAGUUACCAUGAAAAAUGCGCCGAAAAUGGUCAAAUCCAACAGAAUCUCGACUCAAUAACUGAAACGGCACAGCAAAUUCAGCAAAUGUACACGAGUGAAAAGGAACGAAAAGAGCAGCUUCAAAUCGAAAGUGCUGAUUUGUUGGAAAAAUUGAAUCGAGUACAGGCACGAUUGGAAGAAGUCGAAAAUGAACAUGUAAACACAGACACAUUGAAUAAACAAACAAUAGCUGAACUCGAGGAAAAGGUUGAGCAAAUCAAUGCAAAAUAUUUGGACAUUUGCGAAUUAUUUGUUGAGCAAGCGAAUAUUCUCAACGCGAAUAAUUUAUCAACGUUGCCACUGGCACGAAAAUGUACAGCAAUCAAGGAAGUACUUCAUACGAAUGGUAUCCAAUUUGAAUGGAAAAGCCCGUCGAAGCAGCGUCGCAAAUCAACAGUUGAUAAAGUUAAAAUGAAAACAACACGAACAAUUGCAAUGCAAACCGAAUCACGCAUCGAACCAUCGGUUAAUAUUACACCAAAACCACUCACAUGCGACAAAGGUACACAGUAUCAACAGUCAAAAGCAACACGAUCCACGUGCACAUCUGCUUUUAUACACACAACAGACGCAUCAACCAACACCAAUAGUGACAAUGAUAGCCUUAAUAUUGAAUUGGCUCUGGAGAAAAUGGCUUCAUAUCCAACGCUUUUAUCACCAAUUCACGAGUCAACAACACCAAAAGUCACCACUAACACCUGCACACAAACCACAUCCAAGAAUUAUCGAACACAAGGUACGCUAACACUCAUCAACAACGUACGCAAACGAGUCAACUAUGUGAGAGCUCGUACGAAAUCCGAGUUAUUGUAUGAAGUGAAAAAAGAAGAAUGUGCCUCACCAUGUGCCUCGCCAGCAAUUUUCUGCCCAUCGUCCGCACAAGACGAUCCAGUCCAAGUGACUACACAAUUUCACCAUUAUUGGCAAAUGAUCGGUGAUCUGCUGUGUCGAAUGCUCUCCGCUCAAAAUAUGAUGGUUGAUGAAAAACACUUGAAUAAUAUUCGAAUCAUUCAAAAGGCCCACGAAAUGCAAAAUCUUAUCGCCGAAGGCAUGCACAAGAAACCCGAUGACAACAUUGGCUUGGCCGGUGUUCAUUGUACCGAAAGCAUUGAUUGUGAAGAUGAACACAGUCGCGACUCGGUGGAAAGUUAUAACAGCGCAAAAAUUGUAAUCGCCAAAAUGCGGAAUCUGAGCAAUUGUUCACCGUCAUCGCUCGAGGAGAACAUCCCCAGCUGCCCGCCAACGGACAACAAUGAAGAUCGGCCAGAUGUAUUUAUGCCAAUAUCACCAUUAGCAGAGCGUUCACAAAUCGAAAGGGAGUCACAGGAAAAUCCGGUUGGAGAAGAGCCACCGUUACCAAAGCAGCCAGCCAUCACAAGUAGUAUUCAGAGGAGAGAUAAAACUGAAACCAACCCACAACUGAAUCGACCACUAGCGGUUAACAAAGAAAUAGAAAUUGGAAGCUGCAGCAGUUCAAAGAGUCCAAUGCUCAGCGUCGAGCGACAAGCAGUAAAUGAAGUUCACUUCAAGAUACCGAAGCGGAAAGGUUCAACUUCCGAUUCUGAUCCAAUAGUCAAGAAAAGAAAAUCCACCAAAGUGAAACCACAAAAACAGCAAAUGAUGACAUCCCUUUUCGGUGAUCUGAGCGACGACGAUGACAACGACUAUGAUAUUGAUGAACAAAUUAGAAAAAUCUUCGAAUCAAUUCACACACCAAAAAUGCUGUCACCAAUUAAGGAUUGGUGUGAAGAUGUGGCAUCACCCUCACCUUCACCUUCACCCUCACCUCCGGUGACAAUGGAUGCACAAGAAUGUGUGAUACCACCAGCGGAAAGUGCAGAGCACUUGAAUGCCAAAUACGAAACAAUUUCGAACGAAACAGAUGCAAACGCGACACAUCAAAAGAAUGAAACGCUUGACCAUACCGAAGUGCUUCAAACAAAUAAACCGCCUUUGCACACGGCGCCCAAUGAAACCGAACCGCUAUCUUUGGCAUUGCCAGAUAAACUAGUCCAAACUACGGUCGAAGAACGAAGACAUGAACAUACACAACCGGUCGAAUGUGUGCUAGAGCACUCAUUGGAAUCAAGUCAAUCGUCCGAAAUCAGUCCAAAUGUUUUGAUUGAGUGCAAUGCCGAUGAAACGGUCGAAUUUGAUGAUUUUUCGCCUGCUUCACCAAAGCCAGAAGAUCAAACAUCGUCAACAGAUGCACCCAAAAUUCCAAUCAACACAAUUUGCCACGACAACGAAAUGGACGUGAGCGAAACGUCGCAUAUUUCCACCGAUUCAGCAUUAGAUCAAAUUAUUUACAAUUAUGUGUCAAAUGUACGGAAUGAGGUGUUGAUGUGUUCAGCCAGGUUCUCUCAUGCCGAAUGCUAUCUAUUGGCUAGUUUAAGGAAUGCAAUAGAAAAAUACUGUAUUGCAAACGAAUGGACAGCGACGGCGGCUACACAAUGUGUUGAUAGGCUAUUGAGCUUGAGCCGGCAACCGGAACAUUUGGCCACUGCGAUACUAGAAGUAAUCGAAGAUACAAAAGAGAGUUUUUCUGUUGAAUUCACACCGCCAGCACCAGUAUUACAGCCGUCGCAUCAAAAGUGCGUGCUUUUGGUGUCACGCCUCACCAAACCAAUGCCAAAAUUCAACCAAUACCUUCAAUUCGAACUGGAACGACGGCUGUUCACCUUUGCCAAAGAAGCCAAACCAAUUGUCGGCAUGACAAACUUGGCCCAUUUCUACAUUUCACUCAUCGACAUCGAACGACCGAGCGAUCGGGCCAAAGUGCGGCUCUUUAUCUACAAAUGUCUUUACUAUUUCAAAACGUCAUCGGUCCCAUUGAUAUUCACUGUGAUAAUGGCACAUCCGUAUGUUUUGCCACAUGCACAAGCAAUCGAAUCCAGCAGCGAUCCAUUGAUCCGAGCCAUAGCUAGCGCAUUGUCGAACAUCGUGUAUAUGGAAACCAGCGCCAAAGGGAAAAAUCUCAAGAAAAAUGAAAUGUUCCAUACUUUGAAGCGUCGAUAUGGAUUUUUUGCCGACAAAAUGUUUUCGAUUGAUGUUGUCAUCGAUUUUUGCAUCGAAUGCAUCCGGCUGAAUCGCCUACAACAUGUCGACUAUGCACUUAUUUUGCUAGCAAAACGCAAAGAUUUUGAAUAUGCGGCCGAAAAAAUUAUCGAAAAACAUCUCAGUCCAAUGUUACAGCAAUACUUUUCAAUGAACUUGAACGCUACCACCGAACACGACGGAAAAAUUUGUACGAUUCUCUUCACGAUUGGAUCAAUUGUAAAAACGUUUCCAAUCGAAGAAAAUGUGUGCGGUUAUAUCGACAUGUUUGUCACCUGUUUGAAUGCCACACAACGGCAAUCCAUUCAAGAAGCAGCUAUUUUGGCCAUUUGCCAACUGAGCCGAUUCGGCACCACGCAAAUUUAUCAACAUUUGGCCAACUGGAAACCCAACUACAAAAUCAGUGCCCACAUAAAAGCCAUACUCAGAACCAUUGUAUACAGAAAAUCAAAGCAAUAUUGGUUUGGUGACAACAAAAACUAUGAGUAAACAGAACAAUGAAUUCGAAUUCAAACACUGUGAUGAACUAUUUUAACACGCUAAGAAAAUUCAAAACAUUUCAUUUCACAAUGAAAUUCAAAUAAAUGUUUACUAAAUUAUAAUUAAUUUAGAGAGAGGAAUAAAGAAAAUUAUUCUUUUUAAUUAAGAAA